AUGUCCAAUGUCCCUCCUCCUUACGCGCCCAGGGAUCAUGCCCAAGUUCAACCCGGAAUGACAGCACCUGCCGCUCCUUCUUCUGCGUCUCAGCUUGAAUUUGCAGAGACUUCUUCUGUAUGUUUAGAAUGGAGGCUGAGUGGGCUUAAAGCGAUGUACGAACAGAGUAGAGGAGAGAGUAAAUCGAAAUGUAUCAAAUCUGCUGUGUUUGGCGACGCUGAUAAUCUUUGGGAAGUUUUAUGGUAUCCUAAUUCUGGUGUCGCUGGGGGAGACUAUGCUUCUUUGUACCUCUCAUGUGUGCCCACGCAGUACGAAAAAGAUCAAGCCGUCGGUGGAAAGUGGACCCGACGUGGUCUCUGGUGGUUCCGCUUUGAAAUCAAAUCUACCACCAUUGACGAACGUACUCAAAAGCUUGCAACUUUAGCUUCGAAAGACGCGGCAGAUCAUACUUUUGCAGUCAAGACCGCUAAUUGGGGAUGGCAACAAUUUGCCAAGCGUGAUCAAUUAUUCCACCAUCAUAGUGUUCUCACCAAUGACGAGUUCAUCGUCAUCUGUACCAUACAAGCUCAACCUCAACCACCCGCAGGUUGGUGGUUAGGUAUGGGUAUCCCCUCAAAAGUUGAUUUUGCUGCGAAUGUUACUCCAAGCGGGAAAUCAGUGGGCUCGGGCGGAGGUUUGAGCGCUUGGUCGGGUGGGGGAGGUGCCAGUGGGGGUGUGGCAGGUGGAACCACAGCAGGUGCAGGAUUGAAGAAAGUCGUUCCUAAGGAACUUAUUGAAGGUGUUGGAAUGUUGUUGGAUGAUCCUUUAUAUUCCGAUGUGGAGUUUAUCAUCCCUCCUGCUAGAUCUCGGAAAUUUGAAACAACCGGUGGAACACCUCGAAGGAUUUACGCCAACAAAAGGAUACUUUCACGAGUAGAUUAUUUCGAAGCCCUCUGUGAAGGUGGAUACAAAGAAGCAGAAGGUAUUGUAGAAGAACAAUUUGAAGAUGACGAAGAAAUUGAUUUACUCUCUGAUUCAGACGUAGAAGAUGAAGCUGCGGAUCUCGCAAACGUACCAUUUCACACCAAUUUAUCUCGUACUUCUCUUCUACCUCAAGCACCUUCACAAAUUCAAACUUCACCUCAACCUCGUAGAUCAAGUACAACAGGUGAUUUACCACCUGUCGAUCUUGAAAACCCCCCAUCCUCUUCUGAAAAUCGGGAUCAAUCUAUCAUUGAACGUCCUGAUCUACCUGAUGAACCUAUGACAGGUGAAGGUAUAGCGGAUAUCACUAUAGAAGAAGAUAUACCUCUUCCACCAAUAAGAGGAACUACGACUCGUCAAUCUGUCGAUGAUAUAGGAAUGGGAGGAGAUGUACCAGGUCCUAAAAAAAUGAAAGUCAUGGUACGUGAUGCUGCAUGGAGUACUUGGUGGAAUAUACUUUAUUGGUUAUACACCGAUACUAUAUAUUUCGCUCCUCUCACUUCUUCUUUCGAAAAUGUUAGACUCACACCUGGUGAUCCGAAAACGAGAAGACAAUGGAUCAAACAAUGGUUGGAAGAAAAGAAUUAUGAACCUGAUGAAUUGGGACCUAGACCUGUUUCGGCCAAAGCUGUAUAUAGGUUGGCGGAUAAGUUGGAUUUACCAGCUCUCAAAUUGAGAGCUUUUCAACAUAUUUGUGCGGGUAUGACGGCUCAAAGUAUACCCGCGGAGGUCUUUAGCAGGUUUUCUUCCACGUAUGAGGAUAUAAGGAAGGUUCAAAUCGCUUUCUUCCUCAAACAUUGGUCAGAAAUCAAAAAGUCCGAGACGAUGAUGCAGAUUUGGCAACAGAUAAGGGUAGGUAAACAUGUUGGGUUUGAAGAAGUUUGGCCCCUCAUCGUCAGUCAACUAGACUUUCGUCCUUCUCACGAAUGAUUCCCCUGAGCCAGCGGUUUGUAAGAAUGACAUGUGACGAAGAUAUUCAAAGCUUUCGUAAAGAGAAUUAUGCAGAUGCUAUGUAACAUGUACAACUC